AUGUUUACAUCUUCUGAGACUUUAUCUGGAGUCGAAGAGGUGUUGGUGUCUGUGGAGACAGGUGGACAGAACAGACGUCAGGUUACAGGAGUUCAGCCUCCAGAAUCGACACUUCUGGACCAACCCUGGAGGGACCUGGCCUGGGGAGACAGACUGAAGGAGCUUCAGUAUGUGCAGGAGUACAAACCGGUGAAAGAAGGCGUCAAGAACCUGCGAGUUCUCCUCUACGGACCUGUGGGAGCAGGGAAGUCCAGCUUCAUUGACUCUGUUAGCAGCAUCCUUCGAGGACGAAUGGCCAUCCCUGCUUUAGCCAGUUGCACCACCUCUGACAAAAGCUUCACCAAAAAAUAUGAAACUCAUAAAUUUAGUAAAGGAAGAGGAAGCUCUAAGACAUUCUACCCUCUGGUCUUCAAUGACAUCAUGGGUCUGGAAGACGGGACGAACUGUGGGGUUCAUGCUCAGGACAUCAUACUGGCCUUAAAGGGACACAUAAAGGAAGGCCACAAGUUCAACCCAGUAAGUCCAGUCUCGGAAGGUGAUUCAGGCUAUAACCCCAAUCCUUCUCCAGACGACAGAGUUCAUGUUCUCGCCUGUGUGAUUUCUGCCAACUCUCCACAAAUCAAUACAUCAGUUCUGGAGAAGAUGAGAAGCAUCAGAGAAAAGGCUAGUGACCUGGGAAUUCCCCAGAUGGCGAUCCUGACCAACAUUGACGGGGCCUGUCCGGAAACUGAGAAGGACCUGAGGAACGUGUACCGCAGCAAACACCUGAGGAAGAAGAUGACAGACGUCAGCGCUGCAGUGGGAAUCCCCAUGAACUGCAUGUUUCCUGUGAAGAACUACUGCGAAGAAAUCCAGCUAAAGAACGAGGUGGACAUCCUAAUCCUGAGCGCGCUCAGAAAAAUGGUCGACUUCGGAGACGAUUUCAUCGAAAACUUGUGA